GGGGAGCAGCUACAGGCGGUUCCGUUUAAUUCGUAUUUGAUUCUCCUCACAGCAUUCAAACUGGAUCUAAUCAAACCGAAUUAAGUGCUUUUAUCCUGCAGAGCACCGAAAACAAGAGGGGUUUCACAGAAUCUAGGAGAAGAAGAGAAAUAAAGGCUCUGAUGCUUCCUGCUACUCUGUGACACCUGACAAAGGAGACCACGCCCUUCUCCCCACCCAGACGAUGUCCGGCGUACAGAGCCCGUGGCCGGCGGGCACUGAGUGUGUGGCCAAGUACAACUUCCAGGGCACGACGACGCAGGAUCUGCCCUUCAGCAAGGGAGACGUGCUGAGCAUCAUCGGCGUGACCAAGGACCCAAACUGGUACAAAGCGAAGAACACGGUGGGCCGGGAGGGGACGAUCCCCGCCAACUACGUCCAGAAACGAGAGGGGGUCAAAUCAGGAGGCAAACUGAGCCUGAUGCCAUGGUUCCACGGAAAGAUCACGCGGGAUCAGGCCGAGCGCCUCCUCUACCCCCCUGAGACGGGGCUGUUCCUGGUACGAGAGAGCACCAACUACCCCGGCGACUACACGCUGUGUGUGAGCUGCGAGGGGAAGGUGGAGCACUACCGCAUCAUCUACCACAACGGCAAGCUCUCCAUCGAUGAGGAGGUGUACUUCGAGAACCUCAUGCAGCUGGUGGAGCAUUAUACCAAAGAUGCUGAUGGUCUUUGUACUCGACUGAUGAAGCCAAAGCUCAUGGAGGGAACAGUAGCAGCGCAGGACGAGUUCUCCAGAAGUGGCUGGGCACUGAACAGGAAGGAACUGAAGCUCAUUCACACUAUCGGUAAAGGAGAGUUUGGAGAUGUGAUGAUGGGAGAUUACAGAGGGACCAAAGUGGCGGUGAAGUGUAUUAAACACGACGCCACGGCGCAGGCCUUCAUCACAGAAGCUUCAGUCAUGACGCAGCUGAGACACACUAACCUGGUGCAGUUGUUGGGUGUAGUCGUGGAGGAGAGAGGGAAGCUCUAUAUUGUUACUGAGUUCAUGGCUAAGGGCAGUUUAGUGGACUACCUGCGUUCGAGAGGACGCUCCGUGCUGGGAGGAGAGUGCCUUCUUAAAUUCUCUCUUGACGUGUGUGAGGCGAUGGAGUACCUGGAGGCCAAUAAUUUUGUGCACCGGGACCUGGCAGCGCGGAACGUUCUGGUAUCGGAGGAUAACAUCGCUAAAGUUAGCGACUUCGGUCUAACCAAGGAAGCCUCGUCCACGCAGGACACCGCCAAGCUGCCCGUUAAAUGGACGUCACCCGAGGCGCUCCGGGAAAAGCGAUUUUCCACCAAGUCUGACGUGUGGAGUUACGGCGUCCUGCUCUGGGAGAUCUACUCGUUUGGUCGAGUCCCAUACCCCAGAAUCCCCCUGAAGGAGGUGGUACCGCGGGUGGAGAAGGGUUAUAAGAUGGACGCCCCGGACGGCUGCCCCGCGGUGGUGUACGACCUGAUGAAGCAGUGCUGGACCCUGGACCCGGUCCUGCGGCCGUCGUUCCGCCUCCUGCGUGAAAAACUGCAGCACAUCAGAUCUAAAGAACUGUACCUGUGACCCCGGGGGUGAAGCUGCACCCCUGCCUGAGGGGCCCCGGGGCCAUCCUGCCGUUCCUAACGGGACUCUGUUUGGACUGUUGGUCUGGAUGCACUCGUUGUGUGUUGGUGUUUGGUGUGUGUGUGUGUGUGUGUGUGUGUCUUGCUCUACUUUAUUUUGGCUUUUUUAUAUUUUUGUUAAGCUGAUCUUUCAUGCUGUCUUUGUGCCAAAAGUAUUUGCCCCCCUCUUCCCCACACACGCACACACACACACACACACACACACACCCUGGUGGACAGUAAUGGAUGAAGGCUGGUCUUUUCUCCGUUGUUUUGUCCGGUGCUUUUCUGUCUCCACGUCUCAUCAUUUCUCUUUUAUUAUUUCGUCUCUGUCUGAUGGAGCUGCUUCUAACAGCAUUCUGUGUGUGUGUGUGUGUGUGUGUGUGAGAGAGAGAGUGAGGUGUGUGUGUGUGAUGUGCCAGGGUGCCUCCAGAUGGCAGAACUGACGCCUCGAUUCCUCGCUCUGCCACACAGACGCCUUUUCUCUUGUUUUUAUUCCUUUUUUUAAUCUUUUUAGGUGAUUUUACAUUUUGUCAUUUUUUUUGUCGCCUCAUGUCCACAGCUGAGACACCCACACACACCUUUAUUACAGACACACACACACUCACACACACCUUUAUUACAGACACACACACACUCACACACACCUUUAUUACAGACACACACACACACACCUUUAUUACAGACACACACACACACACACCUUUAUUACAGACACACACACACUCACACACACCUUUAUUACAGACACACACACACUCACACACACCUUUAUUACAGACACACACACACACACCUUUAUUACAGACACACACACACUUCACCUGCACUUCCUAGCUGAGCUGAACCAGGAGGAAAUGGGGACAGUCGGACCCCCGGCGUCCCCACAGAGCCUCAGGAUGAGGGACGGACCUGCACCCCGUGCACUCUGUCAUCGUUUUAUAUUCAAAUAUAUUUAAAGGACUUAAAACAAUAAAUGUAAAACAAGAUGGAACAAAACUGACCAAGACACGGAGGUGAACUGACGAGGCGCUGACUGACGAGCGUCUGUGGUUAAUCUGUCUGUGAUUUUAUUGUGUUUAAUUCUGCUAUUAUUAUAAUUAUAAAUAAAUCAUUCCAUCACCA